AAUAUACCGCAGUUGCUUUUACAUUUUGUGAAGUAUAAAACGGGACUUUCUUGGUUUCAUGGAUAUUGAUUCAGCCCUUGGUGAAGUUCCUCAAUUGAAACAAGAGGUUUCUGAAAGUCUUGUUGCCAACAAUUUUGAAGACGGCUCCCAUGUAGUGUCACCAUUAGACCCGAAUGGAAACUUCAAUGUUGUUAUUAAAGAGGAGCCUGUAGAUGAUUAUGAAUAUGAACUUGCUGAGUGCCCGGAAGGGGUAACUAUAAAACAGGAAGAGACAGAUGAGGAAACAGAUGUAUACUCAAACAGUGAUGAUGAUCCUAUACUAGAGAAACAGCUGAAAAGGCACAAUAAAGUUGAUAACCUAGAAGCUGACCAUCCGUCUUCUAAAUGGCUACCAAAUAGCCCGUCAGGUGUUGCUCAAGCUAAAAUGUUCAAGUUAGACGCUGGAAAGAUGCCAGUAGUCUAUCUGGAGCCCUGUGCUGUCACCAAAAGCACAGUGAAGAUUUCUGAGCUCCCUGAUAACAUGCUUUCCACAUCUCGAAAGGAUAAAUCUUCUGUAUUGGCAGAAUUAGACUAUUUGCCUACGUACAUUGAAAAUUCCAAUGAGACUGGCUUCUGCUUAGGCAAGGAAUCAGAAAAUAGUCUUAGAAAACAUUCACCAGAUCUCAGAGUGGUACAGAAAUAUCCCUUACUUAAAGAACCUCAAUGGAAAUAUCCUGAGCUAUCUGACAGCAUUAACUCAGAAAGAGUACCUGACAGCUCAAAGAGUUCAGCCGGGGACCCAUUUUUAGGAAAAGAGGACUUGGGCAGAAGGAGAACAACUAUGCUUAAGAUUUCAACAGCCUCCAAAGUUGUGAACGCUAAUCAGAAUGUCCCUUCAAAUGUCCCUGGAAAAAGAGGAAGGCCACGAAAAUUGAAACUCUCUAAGGCAGGGCGACCACCUAAAAACACAGGAAAAUCUUUAACUUCUACAAAGAACACUCCUAUGGGUCCUGGGAGUACCUUUCCAGAUGUGAAGCCUGAUCUGGAAGACGUGGAUGGUGUUCUCUUUGUUUCCUUUGAAUCAAAGGAAGCUCUUGACAUUCAUGCAGUUGAUGGGACAACUGAAGAACCCUGUAGUCUUCAGGCAUCAACCACAAAUGACCCAGGUUGCAGAGCAAGAAUUUCCCAGCUGGAAAAGGAAUUGAUAGAAGAUUUGAAGGCCUUGCGGCAUAAGCAGGUGAUACAUCCUGGUCUUCAAGAAGUGGGGUUAAAAUUGAAUUCAGUGGAUCCGACAAUGAGCAUUGAUCUUAAAUAUUUGGGAGUACAGCUACCUUUGGCUCCAGCUACUAGCUUUCCUUUCUGGAACCUUACAGGAACCAACCCUGCCUCUCCUGAUGCUGGGUUUCCCUUUGUUUCUAGAACAGGGAAGACCAAUGAUUUCACCAAAAUCAAGGGAUGGAGGGGAAAGUUUCAUAGUGCUUCUGCAUCUAGGAGUGAAGGUGGAAAUUCAGAAGGUCCACUGAAAAACCGUUCUGCUUUCUGCAGUGAUAAGUUAGAUGAGUACUUGGAAAACGAAGGCAAGCUGAUGGAAACAAGUAUGGGUUUCUCUUCUAAUGCUCCCACAUCUCCUGUGGUAUACCAGCUUCCCACCAAGAGUACCAGCUAUGUACGAACACUUGACAGUGUAUUAAAGAAGCAAUCUACCAUUUCCCCUUCUACCUCCUACUCUUUGAAGCCUCAUUCUGUGACCCCUGCCUCUCGAAAGGCAAAGUCUCAAAACAAACAGGCAACUUUUGGUGGCCGAACUAAAUCAUCUUAUAAAUCCAUUUUACCCUACCCUGUUUCACCAAAGCAGAAACAUGCUCAUAUGAUGCCAGGAGAUAAGGUUGCCAAGAAUUCUUCAAGUACCAUCUCAGAAAAUCAGGUGAAUAACUUUGUUGUGCCAACUUUAGAUGAAAAUACAUUUCCAAAGCAAAUUAGUUUGCGGCAGGCACACCACCAGCAGCAGCAACAGCAACAGGGAACUCGCCCUCCAGGCUUGUCUAAAUCUCAAGUGAAGCUAAUGGACCUGGAAGACUGUGCACUUUGGGAAGGGAAACCAAGGACCUAUAUCACUGAAGAGCGAGCAGAUGUAUCCUUAACAACUCUGCUUACUGCUCAAGCAUCUCUCAAAACUAAACCCAUCCACACAAUCAUAAGGAAACGAGCCCCUCCAUGCAACAAUGACUUCUGUCGAUUGGGUUGCGUGUGUUCCAGUCUAGCUUUGGAGAAGCGCCAGCCUGCUCACUGCCGCCGACCAGACUGCAUGUUUGGCUGCACUUGUUUGAAAAGAAAAGUUGUACUUGUUAAAGGAGGAUCCAAAGCUAAGCAUUUCCAGAGGAAAUCUGCUCAUCGUGAUCCAGUAUUUUAUGAUGCUUUGGGAGAGGAGCAGAGAGAAGAAGAAGAGGGAGUCAGGGAGGAGGAAGAACAAUUGAAAGAGAAAAAGAAGAGAAAGAAGCUAGAAUACACUAUAUGUGAAACAGAGCCUGAACAGCCUGUUCGACAUUACCCAUUAUGGGUGAAAGUAGAAGGUGAAAUAGAUCCAGAGCCAGUUUAUAUUCCAACACCUUCUGUCAUUGAGCCUAUGAAGCCAUUGUUGUUGCCUCAGCCAGAAGUUUUACCUACUACUGUGAAGGGCAAAGUGCUCACUGGAAUUAAACCUGCACGGGCAUAUACUCCCAAACCCAAUCCUGUGAUUCGGGAAGAGGACAAGGAUCCAGUCUACUUGUACUUUGAGAGUAUGAUGACUUGUGCCCGAGUUCGAGUAUACGAACGAAAAAAAGAGGAACAGAGACAACCGUCACCAUCACCAUCCCCAUCAUUUCAGCAGCAGGGCUCAUGUCAGUCUAGUCCUGAGAACUGUAGUGUAAAGGAGCCUGAUUCUGAACAGCAGCCCUUGAAACCAAUCACCUGUGACCUAGAGGAUGAUUCUGAUAAAUCGCAAGAAAAAAGCUGGAAGUCUUCCUGCAAUGAAGGGGAAUCCUCUGCCUCCUACGUGCAUCAGAGGUCACCAGGUGGUCCCACCAAACUGAUAGAAAUCAUCUCAGACUGCAACUGGGAGGAGGAUAGGAACAAGAUUUUGAGCAUCUUAUCCCAGCACAUCAAUAGCAACAUGCCACAGUCACUUAAGGUGGGCAGCUUCAUCAUUGAAUUGGCUUCUCAGCGAAAGAGCCGGGGUGAGAAGAACCCUCCUGUUUAUUCUUCUCGUGUGAAAAUCUCUAUGCCAUCAUGCCAAGACCAAGAUGAUAUGGCUGAGAAAUCUGGAUCAGAGACUCCUGAUGGUCCAUUAUCCCCUGGGAAAAUGGAUGAUAUCUCUCCUGUGCAGACAGAUGCCCUGGAUUCAGUGAGGGAGAGAUUACAUGGAGGCAAAGGUCUGCCUUUUUAUGCAGGGCUUUCUCCUGCAGGGAAGCUUGUGGCCUAUAAACGUAAACCCAGUUCAAGCACAUCUGGGCUUAUCCAGGUUAAUGGUAAGAGUUACCCGCAGGCUAAGUUGCUAUUGGGACAGAUGGGGGCAUUGCAUCCAGCCAAUAGGCUAGCUGCUUAUAUCACAGGCAGGUUGCGACCCUCAGUCCUGGACCUCUCAACCCUCAGUACUGUCAUCUCCAAGGUAGCAUCCAAUGCCAAGGUGGCUGCAUCCAGGAAACCACGUACCCUGUUGCCUUCAACAUCCAAUUGCAAAACGGCAUCCUCCUCUGGCGCUACAACAAAUCGCCCUGGGAAGAAUCUGAAGGCAUUUGUCCCGGCAAAAAGACCAAUUGCGGCUCGACCCUCUCCUGGUGGUGUGUUCACACAGUUUGUGAUGAGUAAAGUUGGAGCCCUGCAGCAGAAGAUACCUGGAGUUAGCACACCCCAACCCCUAACAGGGCCACAGAAGUUCAGUAUCAGACCUUCUCCAGUAAUGGUCGUCACACCUGUGGUUUCUUCUGAGCCAGUGCAGGUGUGCAGCCCUGUGACUGCUGCUGUCACUACUACCACCCCUCAAGUGUUUUUAGAGAAUGUUACUGCUGUGACACCUAUGACUGCUAUUUCUGACGUGGGAACUAAAGAAACUACUUAUUCUUCUGGUGCCACCACUGCAGGGGUUGUUGAGGUUUCUGAAACUAAUACCAGCACCCCUGUAACAGCUUCCCAGUCUACAGCCACUGUGAACCUUAUCAAAACGACUGGGAUAACUACCCCUGUGGCUUCAGUUGCUUUUCCUAAGUCUUUGGUAGCAUCUCCUCCAACUAUAACUCUUCCUGUUGCUUCCACUGCCUCCACCUCCAUAGUCGUGGUGACCACAGCUGCAUCUUCCUCCAUGGUGACCACACCAACUUCAUCUCUGGGCUCUGUUCCCAUUAUACUCUCGGGAAUUGAUGGGAGUCCACCAGUGAGCCAGAGACCAGAAAAUGCCCCUCAGAUUCCAGUGGCUACUCCCCACGUCUCUCCUAACACAGUGAAACGUACUGGACCUCGAUUGUUGCUGAUUCCAGUGCAGCAAGGUUCUCCUACUCUUAGACCUGUCCCCAACACACAACUUCAGGGGCAUCGGAUGGUCUUGCAGCCUGUUAGGAGCCCAAGUGGAAUGAAUCUAUUCAGGCAUCCUAAUGGGCAAAUUGUUCAGCUCCUCCCUUUGCAUCAGCUUCGAGGCUCUAAUACCCAGCCCAGCUUACAGCCUGUUAUGUUUCGGAACCCAGGCUCUGUGAUGGGGAUCCGGUUACCCACUCCUUCCAAACCUUCAGAGACUCCACCAUCUUCUGCUUCGUCCUCUGCUUUCUCUGUUAUGAGUCCUGUAAUUCAGGCUGUUGGGUCUUCUCCAACAGUGAAUGUUAUCACUCAGGCACCGUCAUUGCUUUCUUCUGGGCCUAGUUUUGUGUCUCAGUCUGGUACAUUGACCCUGAGGAUUUCCCCUCCUGAACCACAAAACUUUGCAAGUAAAGCGGGCUCUGAAACCAAAAUAACCUAUAGUUCAGGAGGGCAGCCUGUUGGUACAGCCAGUCUUAUUCCUCUCCAGUCUGGUAGUUUUGCUUUGUUGCAGCUCCCUGGACAAAAACCUGUUCCCAGUUCCAUUCUUCAACAUGUUGCUUCUCUUCAGAUGAAGAGAGAGUCUCAGAGUUCAGACCAGAAAGAUGAAACAAGCUUUUUAAAAAGAGAGCCAGAUACUAAGAAAGCCCUACAGUCAGAAGGAGAACCUAUAGAUUCCGAGGCUAAUGCUAUAAAGCAAAACUCAGGGGCUGCUGCCUCGGAAGAAAUCCUGAAUGAUUCCUUGGGAGAUGGGGGUGAUCAUUUAGGUGAAGAAUCCCUUACAGAAGAGGGUCCUGUAACUGUUAAACCUUCUCAACACUCUUACAUCACUGGGUCACACAUAGGUGAAGACUAUAAAGAUGUUGAUGAAGAAGAGUAUGGAAUUAGAAAUAACAGUUCCAAAGAAAAACUGACUGUUCUAGAAGUUAAGACCAUUUCCAAAAAAGCCAGCAACGUGACAGUCCAAAGCGUAAGUAGUAUACAGCUUAAGAAGCUUGGUGAUGUGAAAGUGGAACAGCAGAAAGGAUUAGAAAAUCCAGAGGAAAAAUCAAAUGAAUUUCCAGUCAUCUCUAAGGAAGAAAGUAAACUCGAAUUAUCAGGGAGCAAAGUUGUGGAGCAGCUAUCUAUUCCACAGCCAGGGGCCAAGGAGAAGGGAUGUGGAGACUCUCUGGAGAAGGACAGUAUUAGGGAGAGAUGGAGAAAACACCUGAAGGGCCCUCUGACCCAGAAAUGUGUUCAAACUUCACAAGAAUGCAAGAAAGAGGCAGAUGAGCAGUUAAAUAAAGAAAUAAAGACCUGUCAGGAAAAUUCUGAUGUGUUUAAACAAGAACAAAGCAUCUCUGAUCUACUUGGAAAAAGUGGAACUGCUGAAAACGUCAGAGUUUUAAAAACUGAAUGUGAUUCUUGGAGUAGGAUUUCUAGUCCUACAGCCUUCUCCAUUGUUCCGAGGAGAGCUACAAAAGGGAGCGGAGGGGAAGGACAUUUUCAAGGUCACAUACUGCUGUCAGGAGAACAGAUACAACCAAAGCAAGAGAAGAAGGGUGGGCGAAGCAGUGCUGACUUGACUGUUUUGGAUUUGGAAGAGGAGGAUGAAGAAGAUGAGAAUGAGAAAACCGAUGAUUCUAUUGAUGAGAUUGUGGAUGUUGUUUCUGACUACCAGAGUGAGGAGGUUGAUGAUGUAGAAAAGAAUAACUGUGUAGAAUACAUUGAGGAGGAUGAGGAACAGGUGGACAUUGAGACUGUGGAAGAGCUCUCUGAGGAAAUUAAUGUUGCCCACAUGAAGACCACAGCUGCCCAGACACAGACUUUCAAACAGCCGUGCCGUACCCAUAUUUCUGCAGAUGAAAAACCUGCUGAAAGGAGUCGAAAGGCUCCACCAAUUCCUCUAAAACUGAAGCCUGAUUACUGGAGUGAAAAACUGCAGAAAGAAGCAGAAGCUUUUGCUUAUUAUCGCCGGACACACACUGCCAAUGAGCGUAGGCGCCGUGGUGAAAUGAGGGAUCUCUUUGAGAAAUUGAAGAUCACAUUGGGAUUGCUUCAUUCUUCCAAGGUUUCCAAGAGUCUCAUUCUCACUAGGGCAUUCAGCGAAAUUCAGGGACUAACAGAUCAGGCAGACAAGCUGAUAGGACAGAAAAAUCUUCUGACUCGGAAACGGAAUAUUUUGAUACGGAAAGUAUCAUCUCUUUCAGGUAAGACAGAAGAAGUGGUCCUGAAGAAGCUAGAGUAUAUUUAUGCAAAACAACAAGCACUAGAGGCACAAAAAAGAAAAAAGAAGAUGGGAUCAGAUGAGUUUGAUGUGUCUCCCAGAACUAGCAAACAGCAGGAAGGAUCUUCUGCAUCUUCUGUAGAUCUUGGACAGAUGUUUAUAAAUAACAGGAAGGGGAAACCUUUGAUUCUUUCCAGAAAAAGAGACCAGGCCACAGAAAAUACCUCACCCUCUAACACUCCACACACCUCUGCCAACAUCGUGAUGACUCCGCAAGGGCAGUUGCUCACCUUAAAAGGUCCUUUAUUCUCAGGACCAGUGGUAACUGUUUCUCCUGCUCUCUUGGAAGCAGAUCUGAAGCCUCAAGUUGCCACCAGUACUGUGGCUCAAUCAGAAAAUGACGACUUAUUUAUGAUGCCAAGAAUUGUUAAUGUGACAUCAUUGGCCACAGAGGGAGGUUUGGUAGAUAUGGGUGGCAGCAAAUAUCCUCAUGAAGUUCCUGAUGGCAAGCCAUCUGACCACCUGAAAAGUACUGUCAGGAAUGAAGAGAACUCCUUUGAAGAUUCGGGUAGAAUCUCUUCCAGAAGCAACCAUAGAGAUGGCAGAAUGGCAUUGGGUCCAACACCGGUUUUUCUGACAAAUAAAGAUUCUGGUUUUCCACAGAUAGUUGAUGUUUCCAGUAUGCAAGAAGCACAAGAGUUCUUACCCAAAAAGAUUUCUGGUGAAAUGAGAGGUAUUCAAUAUAAAUGGAAAGAGUGUGAAUCUAGACGGGAGAAACUGAAGCCAAAGGAGUCCACAUUUCACAAACUGAAGAUGAAAGAUCUCAAAGACUCAAGUAUAGAGAUGGAACUGAGAAAGGUAGCAUCUGCUAUAGAGGAAGCAGCGCUGGAUCCCAGUGAACUGCUAACUAACAUGGAAGAUGAGGAUGACACUGAUGAGACACUGACUUCUUUGCUCAAUGAGAUUGCCUUUCUUAAUCAGCAACUAAAUGACGACUCUGUUAGCCUGGCUGAACUGCCCAGCUCUGUGGAUACAGAGUUCACAGGGGAUGCUCGACGGGCUUUUAUAAGUAAGCUUCCUCCUGGGAACCGAGCAACUUUCCAGGUUGGCCACUUGGGAACCGGUUUGAAAGAGUUGCCUGAUGUACAAGGGGAGAGUGACUCUGUCAGUCCUCUCCUCUUGCACUUGGAAGAUGAUGACUUUUCUGAGAAUGAAAAACAACUUGCUGAACCAGCCUCUGAACCAGAUGUCCUUAAGAUUGUUAUUGACUCUGAGAUAAAGGAUUCCCUCCUUUCCCACAGGAAAGCCAGUGAUGGUGGGAAGAGUACUUCUGGCGUCCCUGCAGAGCCUGAAAGUGUGUCCUCGCCUCCCGUCCUACAUAUGAAGGCUGGCCUAGAGAACAGCAGCACAGAUACUUUGUGGAGGCCUAUGCCAAAGUUGGCACCUCUAGGUUUAAAAGUAGCUAAUCCUUCUAGUGAUGCAGAUGGUCAGGGUCUCAAGGUGAUGCCUUGUUUGGCACCUGUAGCUGCCAAAGUUGGAUCAGUUGGACACAAAAUGAACUUAACAGGGAAUGACCAGGAAUGCCGGGAGAGCAAGGUGAUGCCUACACUGGCACCUGUUGUGGCCAAAUUGGGCAACUCUGGGGCCUCACCAAGUUCUGCAGGGAAAUGAACUUAUUUGUCCUCAGGCAGAAGCCAGGCUAUGAGGGAAACCACCUUUCUCUGUAGGCGUCUGUUUAUUUGUGUCAUGGAACUGUGAUCCUUGACUUCGUUGCGGUGGAUGAUGGUAGAGAAAGGGGGGUAGGGUGCUGACCUCGGUAUUUGAAAUUACUACUAUGAAAUUCUGAUCAUGUUAAAAUGUGUUACCUCACUUGUGGUGCUGGGUCUCCUCAUCCUCUCUAAGAAGAUGUGAUCCAUUACUGAACACGAGGUGCCCCUCUUACCCAAGGAAUUCAUGACAAGACUAGGUCCAUAGUGGUUCCUAGUUCUUCCCUCCCAGAGAAAAAGCUGCUUGAGACUUUGGAGUUGCUGUGGGCUGAACUGUAGUGGAUAGUUGUUGUUUUAAGUGGUUUAAGUCCGAAAUCCAAGGAAUGUGAUGCACUUGUGCAAAGGGAUCCAGAAGAGAUAGUUUUUAGUUGCUGUUUCAAGAGUAGUGGGAGAGAGGGUGGUACCAUGGAAUACCAAAGUGAAACACUUUGUGUCAUUCAGCAAAAUUUUCUCUUCUUUCAUAUCCCAAGUAGCUUCCAUUCCCUUAUCUUUUCAAUCAGAAUUAUAAAUCCAAGCCUUCUGGUAAAGUAGGAAUGCUUUUAACUUUUAAUAUUAAGGUGAUUAUUUUGAGAUGUUAAGGAAAAUACUAGUUCUCCCUUACUGUCUGGGUGUUGAAAAGACAUUUCACAGUACCAGGGAUUUCUGCCUGGAAUAUAUAUUUUGGAGGUAGGCAUAGAAGGAGCCCUCCCAUUUUCACAAAUCACAUCACUCAAGAGACAGCUAAAAUGAAAAGCAUUCCCUGCCCAGACCAGAGACAGUGGCCAAAACAAAAAAUUGUGGGGCUGGAUGUUUCCCAUAUCAGACCAGCCUCCUGGUGCUUGAAGGUUUCAUUCACUAUUACCUGCACAGGAUGUAAAGAAAAGAAAAGUCAUAGUAGGCACUCUUUACCAGGGAAGUGAGGCAGUAUUUGAAUCACGAGAUAUAUUUUUUAUUAUCUGCUACCAUGGAUUCAAUGAUCUGUAGAGCUUUUUCACUCAUUAGCUGUCAGGGUAUGAAGGACUGACAGCCUGUAAAGAUAAAGAUAUUUAUAUUUUUGUAUAGUUGUUUUCAUAGAUUUCUCAAAGGCUGAAGUUUUCAACCUAGAAGAUGAGAUUUGUAUUGAGUAUAGAAAUGAUGUUUCCUAUCUAGUUUGUAAAUAAUCAUGGUGCACUUGAGGGGUCUCUUGGAAACUCCUGGGGGCAAGAAUCACUAUUCUGAAAAUGUAUAGAUUGGGAUUUAGCUGCUGCAUUUUGCCUUUCUUAAAUAAUUAUAUUUUGGAAUGUAACCCCUGUUCUGUCUUCAUUGACAGGAUUUGCUUGUGUUGUGAAACACUAACACAAGAGCUUCCAGUGCCUGGGCUGUGCCUAGGUGAUGCUAUUUCUUCUGCAUCCCCCCCUUUGCCUUCUUUAUGCCAAAUCCCACUCAGCAUAUCUUCAGACGUAGGUUGUGAGACCAGCUUUGGAAUGGUUCUAAUCAGUGAAUUAGUACUUCCAUGGUUGGCUCCCUUUCUGGUAAUUCUGGUAAUCAGCAGAUUGAAAAAGGGUGGAAAAAUUCCUCUGCGAAUUGCAGAGAGCAAAUUCUUCAUUGGUUUUGUGCUACUUGCCUUUCUAGACCUGCUCAUCAGCAUUCAACCUUCCCUCUUUUAAAGGUUUUUUGAAGAAGCUUGAAGUAGGUAAUGAGUGCCCCUCAGCUUCUCAGUAUCCCUCCCACUCCUCUUUACCCAGCAGAUUUCAUUCAAUGCCUUAGCCAAGGAGUCCAGCACCUGUCUCUCCUGCUAAUUAUUGUCCUUGGAGAUUCUAGUACUUUAAUCCAGGUAUAGCAGUUCCCAUUAUUAACUUGCUUGUCUCGUCCUCACAUUUCCUCCUGACUUCCCAAGGCUCUCGUUACGGCUUUUGAGGGUCAGCCAAGGAGAAGGCAAGUGAGUUGAAUAAGCCUCAGGAAAAGAAGGACCAUUCUGCUUCUGAACACUGUUUCCUUUUUUAGAAGAAAAUAGAUAAACAGGUAAUAAUCAGUUCUUGAUGGGAAGAUAGUUGACAUGAGAGAUGUUCAGAGAUAGAAAUGAGAGAUGAUUCCAGAUAUUUAAGGAAGGCUGCAGAUGUCUUUACAAACUCCCAAGAUAAUGGUGUUUUCAAGACCGCUUAGAACUUGCAAGUUGUGAGGGCGAAUUUGGAGGGCUCGGACGUCACAACAGUCCUGCAGUCUUGACAGAAGUCUCAGAUCUCCAAAAACUCCUUCCCUUUAACCUUACCCCAGGAGAAACUGAUCUAUGAAAAUGACAUGUGUGAUUAUGAAAGACACAGUUGAGUGAGAGGAGUUGAGUUGGGAGGAUAGAUAGUGAGCUCUCACCCUAACACUAUAUGAAGCAUGAUCUCAGUAGACCAAUAAUUCGCCUUUUUAUACGUCUGUAAAUAAAUGGAAUGUUUUUAAGAAUAUAAUUAUGUCAGAUUUAGCCUUUUCUUUUAUAUAUUAAAUAUAUAUCUUUCCUUU